AUGACAUGCCCUUUUGAUGAAUUGGAACAAAAGGUAGUUGCUUCCGGCUACGAAAAAUUACCGGCCCUUCUAAACGAAGAUAACCUGGAUAACUUGUUUAUAGGGCCUAACAACCUUCUUCAGAGGGAUCGUAUUGAGGAAGUUAAUGUUUACAGCAAGCCAAUAUAUUCCUUUGUGGAUCUUAAUCGGCUUGAAGGUCAGGAGAAAAGCACCAAGGAUCCUAUUCAAAUCUUAGUUGGGGAUUCUCCCGGUUCAGACACCGUCCCUAUAUCCAAUCAUCUCCUCUGCUUUUUGCGUUUGGGAAAAGGAUUAACGUCACAUCAGAAUAUUGUGCACGGUGGAGCAAUUGCAACAAUUAUGGACGAAUUCCUGGUGAAGGUAGCACUCCCUUUUACGACAAAUAAUUUCGCCGUUACUGCUAGCCUCGACAUUAAAUACGUGAAACCAUUGAAAUUUGAAAAUGAGGAGAGGUUAUUAAAUGUGGUGUUAGAGUGCUUUGUAAUCGGCAGAAAAGAGGGUAGAAAGUUCGACGUUUCUGGGUAUCUCAAAAGCAUCGAAGGAAAUUACAGGUACUGCAAAGGUGAACUUUUGGUAGUUGUACCUCGAGAUUGUCAAUAG